AAACCCUAACCAAAUUUAUUUGCCAUUAUCGACCACCCUACAACCAAAUAAGUUAAACACCUUUAUAUUUCUCUCACACUCACUCACUCACUAUACAAACGCAAAGAGAGUGGGAGAGAGUGAGAGUCUGAGUCUGGAGUCUCAAAAUUCAAAAAAAUGGCAGGGAUUGUGAAACCGCCAGGCGAGUUCUCAAUCACGCCACACAAAGUUUCGGUUUGCAUUCUCCUUCAGAUCUACGCUCCUUCCGCCCAAAUCUCGUUUCAUUUCCCCUUCGCCUCCGUCGCUCAGCACAACCGCCUCGGCUUGUUCCUCUUAGCUCUCACUAAGUCGUGUGAUGAUAUUUUGGAGCCGAAACUCGACGAGCUAAUUGGUCAAUUGAGGGAAGUUUUUGGCGUAUUGAACCCUCGUUUCAUUGAUCAUUUAACAACUAGGCUUUCGGCUCUUUCGUCACCUGAUGACUUGUUCAACUUCUUUUCCGAAAUGCGAGGGAUUCUUGGCAGCCCUGAAUCCGGUGCUUUGGAAGAUGAGCAGGUUAUUUUGGACCCUGCUAGCAACCUAGGGAUGUUUCUCCGUCGUUGUAUACUUGCUUUCAAUCUGUUAGCAUUUGAGGGUGUGUGCCACCUUUUGACAAAUAUAGGGGUAUAUUGUAAAGAAGCCCUCUCAAGUUGUGCUUCUUAUGAGACAACGUGUUUUGAAGAUUCCAGUAGCAAUUUGGAGGCCUUUCCAGAAUAUGAAAACAUGGACUUGGAAAAUUUUGUCUUCAAGAAAGUUACCGAAGAAAUUGAAGCAAGAAAAAGGGCUAGUGAGAGAGUAUCUUUUCAUCUUCAUGCGCCAAAAGCACUCUUUAAUUUGGUUGAAGAUAUUGAAGCUCCUGCUGACCCAAAAUCCAAGCACGGUGACAAAGUUGGAGAGGCUUCUUCAUAUGUGCAUCCUCCGGAUUAUGCAUUAAGAGAAUUUGAGCCCAAUAGUGGAAUAUUCCUACGAACAAACUGGCAGAUACAAGGGUACUUACAAGAGCAGGCCGAUGCACUUGAAAAGAAUGGAAGCUCUUUCUCUUUGAAUGCUUUCGAACUUAUUUUAAGGCAGCUCCAUAAAUUGGCACCAGAGCUUCAUCGUGUUCACUUCUUGCGUUACUUGAAUAGCCUUUGUCAUGAUGAUUAUUUUGCUGCUUUGGAGAACCUUCUCCGUUAUUUUGAUUACAGUGCAGGGACAGAAGGAAUUGAUUUUGUUCCUCCUGCAUCUGGUAGCAAUAGUUUUGGGAGAUAUGAAAUUGCUUUAUUGUUUCUAGGGAUGAUGCAUUUUCAGUUUGGGCAUCCAAAGCAAGCUUUGGAGGUUUUGACUGAAGCAGUUCGUGUUUCUCAACAGCUAAGUAACGAUACUUGUCUUGCAUACACUUUAGCAGCUAUCUGCAACUUGUUGUCUGAAAUUGGGGUCUCAAGUACAGCUGGGAUACUGGGGUCAUCAUUCUCACCUUUGACCAGUAUAGGCAUUUCGCUUUCUGUCCAGCAACAAUUGUUUGUCCUCCUGAGAGGGUCUCUAAAGAGAGCAGAAAGUCUAAAAUUGAAACGAUUGGUGGCUUCCAAUCAUCUUGCAAUGGCUAAAUUUGAUUUAACGCAUGUGCAAAGGCCUCUAGUAUCAUUUGGUCCUAAAGCUUCCAUGAAACUCAGAACAUGCCCCACUAAUGUUUGCAAGGAAUUGAGGCUAAGUUCUCAUCUGAUUAGCGAAUUUAGCUUUGAAAGUUCAACAAUGACAACUGAUGGUGCUUUUAGUACUGCAUGGCUUAAGAAUUUACAAAAGCCAUUGGGUUCAGCAAUUUUGUCCCAAGAGAAUGGAUCUGGAAGCAAUGAAAAUGCUUUCCAGUUUUGUGUGCAACCCAGUUCAAUUCCUGGAUCUGUAUUGCAAUUAAUAGGUUCUUCAUACUUACUUCGAGCCACUGCCUGGGAGUUAUAUGUGCCCCUCUUGCUCGAAUAAAUGCACUGGUUUAUG